UGAGAAGAAAAGAAGCUAGUUAUUUUUCACUCAGGAGUGGAUUUGUGGCUCGGCUUCCCCAUGGCUUCCUGCCGUGUGUGUGACCUGAGGACGCUGGUGGCCAUCGUGGUUGGGCUGCUGACCACCAUCGUUUUGGGACUGAGCAUCUGGAGGGCUGUGGUCAGGAUCCAGAAAGGAACACCUACCCGCCUACCAAAUGCUUCUGAAGACUACUGCAUGAAUGGUGGGACCUGGGAAAAUGGCAAAUGCCAUUGUCCAGAAGAGUGGAAAGGAUUGAGAUGUACAAUAGUUAAUUUCUGUGAAAAUAGUACCGAUGGGAGUUUUACAUUUGGCAAAAUUGCAGUGGGAAGAUAUGGACCUUCCAGGGAAACAUGUGGCAAGGACACUCUAAAUGCGGACAUGCCAAGAGCAACCCGGCUAUGCAAUGUCACUGAAGAUGGAGAGAUAGAAUUACAAAAUGCGACAGUAGGAAAUUGCAAUAUAAAUCUGGACAUCCUGGAAGACCAGAUAAAUAAUUCAUCAAAAAAUUCUUCAAUUAUUUCAAUUGUUUCUAAAGAAGUCCAGAUUUUAACAUCUAAUACCGAUAAUUUAAAUCGUAAGAACAUCACUUCUGCUACUAAAGUGGUUGGACAGAUCUUCAACUCAUCCAGAAAUGCAUCACCUGAGGCAAAAAGAGUUGCUGUCACAACAGUGAGUCAACUUCUAAAUGCCAGUGAAAACAUUUUUCGAGAAGCUGCUGAUGACGAUGAAAAGGCCUUUUCAACGCUUAUUACUGAAAUGGAGAAUUAUUCCUGGUCUUUGGACAAUAAUUCAGUGGUGGACCCUAAUAUAGCAGUACAGUCUGUCACUUCCAAUCCGAAAGACACUGGGUCUACAGGUGUUCUCUUCACUGUGGAGAAAGGAGCUAGCGAUUCUCUUCUUACUGGUAAAACACAUGUAGAUCCAAAGGAGGACGGUUUUCAUCCAAAUAGAAUGACUGAACUUCAGAUCUGGCUCAAAACAUCAACAAGUAAUGCCACGUCAUAUGGCUUUAUAGUGUAUCAAAACAGAAAGUUUUUCCAAUCAAAAACUUUUAAAAGUCAAUUAGAUAUUAAUAAAAGAGUUAUCUCAAGCACAACUAAUAACACUGGGAACAAUCAGAGUGUUUCUUUUAAAAUGGCCUUUCAGCAACAGUAUGAAAAAAAGGAACUUAAGUUCUAUUCCUUUGCCUGUGUCUAUUGGAACUUAAAAAAGCAAGAUUGGGACACAGACGGCUGUUUCAAAGAUGGAGAAAGGGAUGGGUUGCUACACUGCCGCUGUAACCACACUUCAAAUUUUGCUGUGUUAAUGAGUUAUAGAAAGGACUAUAACUAUCCUGGCCUAGAGGAAUUAUCCAACGUUGGAUGUGCGCUGUCCAUUACUGGUCUGGUUCUCACAAUUAUAUUUCAGAUUGUCACCAGGAAAGUCAGAAAAACCUCAGUAACCUGGGUGUUGGUCAGUCUGUGCACAUCAAUGUUGAUUUUCAACCUCCUCUUUGUGUUUGGAAUUGAAAAUACCAAUAAGAAACAAGAGACCAAAGCUCCUAAAGAAAAUACAAUUCUCAAAGGAGACACUAUUGAUUUUUCGAAUCCCAAGUGCACGGUGGUUGCUGCCUUGCUGCACUAUUUCCUGUUAGUGAUGUUUACCUGGACUGGAGUCAGUGCAGUGCAGCUCUACUUCCUUCUGAUUAGGACCAUGAAGCCUCUUCCUCAACGGUUCACUCUUUACAUUUCUUUAAUUGGAUGGGGAGUCCCAGCUGUCAUUGUAGCUAUGACAGUGGGAAUUAUUUAUUCUCAGAAUCCUUCAGGAUGGGAGCUAUACUACCGGCGAGAAGAAAUCUGCUGGUUGGCAGAUUCAAAAGAGAAUGAUGAUAAAAAAGGCCCAUUUUAUUGGUCAUUCAUUCUACCUAUGACCGUUAUCCUCACCAGCAAUGUUGCUCUAUUUAUUGUCAUUAUGGUGAAAGUGGUGUGGAAGGAUAACCAGAAUCUGACAAGCACAAAAAAGGUUUCAUCGCUAAAGAAGGUUUUUAGCACGUUAUCUAUUGCAGUCAUAUUUGGAAUUACCUGGAUCCUGGGAUACUUUAUGCUACUAGGUGAUGAGAACAUCAGACACGUCUCCAGCUACGUAUUCUGCAUUUUCAACACUACUCAGGGAUUGCAAAUUUUUGUCCUCUACACUGUCAGAACAAAAAUCUUCCAGACUGAAGCUUCCAAACUGUUGAAGUCGCUGUCGUCAUCUGCUGGGAGAGUGAAAUUGCUGCCAUCAGCAACCCGGAUGAGGCUGCGCGUAAGGAUGUAUAACAUGCUCAGGUCAUUCCCAGCCCUAAAUGAACGCUUUAGGCUGCUGGAGCCAAUUGUGGUUACCGAGGAAACGACACUCUCUGAAAGUGACCAAACAUAA